AACUAAAAAAAAAAAGUCUUUAAAAUCUAAUUAAUAUCAAAUCUAUUUUUAUUUUUAUUUAUUUUUCUUUCAUAUUUUUAUACACUACACUAUACGUCAACAAUCUUAAUUCUCAUUUAAACAUAGCCUUAAGUUCUAUUGGUGGUUUUAAAAGCUGUCUCCUCAUAGAGUUCUUAUUUGUGAUGGGAUUGUACAGAUGACAACUGAGAUAACAGAUGUUGAGGAUGCAGGAACAUGGAGAGGUAAUAUAGAGAAAAUCUUUAUUGACAUCAUGGUAAAUGAAGUUAAUAAAGGUAACAUGGAUAGUGGUACAUUUAGUACCAACACAUGGAGAAGGAUCUUACUUGAGGUCAAUAGUCAAGGGAAAAGAAAUUUCAACUUGAAGCAGCUUAAACAAAAGUUUAAUAGACUACGUGCAAUGCACCGUGAGUUCUCUGAUCUUUUAAAGCAUACUGGAUUUGGUUGGGAUGCUGAAACUAACACAGUGCAUGCUCUAGAGGAAACCUGGCAAAAUUACAUUCGGGCACACCCAAAUGCAAAAAGAUUCCGCUCAAAGGGAUGCCCAAACUACAACUUGUUGGGAUUGAUCUUUAAUCCAUCAACAGCAACCGGUGCCCUCCACUACUCUUCCACCCAAGAUCCACCAAACACUGAUGAUGAAGAUGAGAUGGAUGACAAUUUGGAACAUGGUGGAGUGCAUGUGGAUGUAGAUACUGAGAUCCCUAAUGAUCCUCCACAACCAGAAAUGGCAGGAGGAGUGACCACCCGUUCUGGAAAGCGUGUAACUGAUUCUCUAUUAGAGCGUAAAGGUAAGAAAGAAUCCAGAUUAAGUCAAAUGGGAGAUGCUUUGAAAGCUUGGGUUGAGGCAUCAAAGGCUAGAACAGAAACAUCUCGAGCUAGAACUGAGGCAUUAUUGGCUAGAGUGGACAGAUAUAAGAGUGGAACUAGUAGUGAAGCUACUAGUGGAGGUACCACUGAUUUUAGCAUAACAAGGUGCAUGGCAGCCUUACAAACCAUUGAACUGUUAGAUAAUGACAAAUAUUUAAAAGCUGUUGAGAAAUUCACAGUGCCGGAGUGGAGAGAGAUAUUUAUGAAUAUGCCUGAUGAGAGGAAAAUGGCAUGGCUUGAUAGACUUUAAAUGUGAAUGUUUGGAUGCAUAACUAUUAUGAUGACAUUGUAAUAUGUACUAUUUAUCUUUUGGUUAGAAUCUUUUACCAUGCUCUUUAGUUUGUCAUUGUAUGGAUGUUAUUUAUGGUUAUGAAACUUAUAUUAUAACUACUUUAA